AUGCUGGAGAAGCGUCGUAAAAGUCAAAUUCAGCGUCUCAAUAAAAGUGAUGGUAAUUUAAGACAACAUCAAGGCAAAAGAACGAACAGGCUAUGUUUGUAUCUCUGUGAUGCUUCUUUUAUUCUUUACAACGAUGAUGACGACGAAGACGACGAAGACGCGCUCUGUUCAACAGAUGUUUUCAUGUUCAAUGCUGCUGAUCUUUUACAAUUUCUUUCUUUUUUUCUCUGGUUUAAUUUUGCCGAGACAUCAGAAAUAUGCAACAAAGAUCCAAAUAUAUGA